AGUACUGCCAGAGGAGCUAUGCUCCAAUAUCAAGCAAUAAUCCGCUGUACGGGCAUCACGGUGAUCGCAUUGCUUUUGUUGAGCAAUGGCGCAACGGCGCAGAAGUAUGAGGUACAUCUGGAUAAGCUGGAACGGUUGGAUAGCGAUGGGGACUACUUCACCUACAAUUACACCUUCGAGAAGGUGUCCGAAAUGAAGAUGAGCUUUUCGGCCAACAUCCAGCAGCACAAGGAACUGGACGAUAGCUACACCGUCAAGGCGAUGAUGGCACGGGCCGAGCUGGCUGAAGAUAGCGAGUACGAGGUGAUGUUGGAUCUGCGCAAACCACUCUGCGAUUGGAUGCGGACCAUCUACAAGACGUACUUCUACGACGAGCUGAAAGCGGUGAGCAAUAUGCCCACACCGGAGACGUGCCCGCUACCGGUUGCCGAGUAUUGGAUGAAGGAGUACGUGUUCGAUGUCGAGCCGUAUCAGGAGAUGAUGACCGAGGGUCGUUGGAAGACGGAAAUGAUGCUAAUGAAAGGGGAGAAGGCCUGCUCGGGGAUUGUUCUGUGGUCGACCGUAAAACCGGCCUCUUGACAUGUGCGUUAUUGUAGCAUCUCGCAUCCUUAUUAAAUAUACCUGCAUUUGCACAUUGUAGUACA